AUGCAAGUAAUCAAAGAUUUAAUCAUAGGGAUUAUGCAUGUUUAUAGGUGAAUCAAUUUGUUUAAUGUUUUAUGUCCUAUUUAAUAUGAAAGCUGAAUAAGAUCCAAAUAAAUAGACUGGAGGGUUUAAAAGAUUAGCAAUUCCAGCAUUUUUUGAUGUUAUUACAUCAUCUUUGUAGAAUGUAGCUUUGAAUUUUAUUCCAUCAUCUAUUUUUUAAAUGAUUAGAGGAGGAGUAUUAAUAUUACAAACAUCUAGCUUAUAAUAGUAACUGCAGCAUUUUCAAAGUUCAUACUCCAGAAAAAAUUAUCAUUACAAUAAUUAAUUGGGAUUCUUUUGGCUAUUUUAGGUAUAUUCAUUGUUGGAUUAUCCAAUUUUAUAUUUAGAGAAUAAUCAAAAAGUGAUUUUAGUUGGGAAAUCAAACUAAUUUCGAUUUUCUUAAUCAUUUUAUCUUUAUUUACUUAAGCCAUUUCAUAUAUUUUAAUAAUUCAACUAUCAUGUAUUCUAUGUUGUUGAUAUGGAAGGAAUAUGGGGAUUAUUAACUUAUGGAAUAUUGAUACCAAUUCUAAAUUUUCUUCCUUGUAAUUUUCAUGAUGGAUGUGUAUUUAGAAAUAAUAAAGGCUAUUUUGAAAGCACCGAUCUAUUCUUUUAAUAAUUAGGAAGUGAUCUUUGGUUAACAUUGUCUGUAAUAUUGGGUAUUUUUAGCAUUUCAUUAUAUAAAAUAUUUGGUGUUAAUGUCACUAAGCAUGCUUCAUCCUUAACUAGAAGUGUUGUAGAUACAAUUAGAAUAAUUUUUAUUUGGGUUAUUGGACUUAUAGUCACUGCUAUUUGGCUAAUUUAAUAGAAUUAAUUGGAUUUGCUAUUUUAGUCAUAGGAAAUCUAAUUUAUAAAGAAAUUCUUAUUAUUAAAAAUCUUUAAUCUAAAAAUUAAGUGUUACUUGAAGAAAAAUGAAAAUUUUGAUAAUUUCUAAUUAAUUAAGUUCAUAUCGGUUAAUUUUAUAUUAUUUAAUACAUUAUUGUCUCUUUUUUAAGCUUUUACAUUCUUGAGAUAAUUAUCAAAAUAAAAAAUAUUCAUUUAGUAACAAUUUAUUAUGUUAUUGCCUAUCCUCCCCUUAUAAUAAUUAUAUCUAAAUAAUUUUAUAUACAUUUAUGUUGUCUCAAUUAUUAUUCCUCCUUAUGAACUAUUUGAAAUAUUGUUAAAUAUAAAUUUAUUUAUCAUAUUUCUAAUUGCAUCAGAAUUUUAUAUAAAACCCAAUUCAAACUUUUAUGCUAAAAAGAAUGAGAAAGAUCGAUAAAAAACAUUUCUUAAAGAUAAAAAAAUUAUGAUGGUUAUUCUAGGAGUAUCUGAUUAGAUUCUAAUAUAAAAAUAAUUUAAUGUUGAUUUUUGA